AUGGAUGACUAUAAAAAUUCUUUUACAGGCGGACUAACUUAUAGAAUUUAAAAGAAAAUUAAAAACAAUGAUAUAACAAAAUCAAGAGAAACUAAACCAGAAAAAGGUGGAGAAGAAAUAUAAGAAAUAUGUUAAUGUUGUGGUUAUGAAAUAAAUCGUGUAUCAAUCAAUUUAAUGGUAAAUAUCUAAGAACUUGGAUUUUUAGGGCCAGGAUUUCCUUUAUUUUAUAAUUAUAUACGAUAUUGCGUACUAAUGUUAUUUUUCUUAUUUUUAAUAUAAGGAAUACCCAACAUAGUAUUUAACAAUUAAGGACAUUUCUGCUAUGAUACGCCUGAAGAAGAAAACCAUAAUUAGAAAUUCAAAGCGCCUUGUUCUUUUAAUUUUAUAGUUGUAUUUUCAUUAGCAAAUCUAUUAGAUACACCCGAAAUGUUAAAUAAUGGUUUGUAUUUUUCAAUAGGAGCAAUGCUAAUUUAAAUAAUUUUGGGAAUUGUAUUCAGAAAAAACUAACGGUAAUUAGAAAAUGUAAUUAACGAUUAAAAUUUAACCCCUUCCGAUUUUACAAUUAUGGUAAGUAAUAUUCCUCCAUAACUUGAAAAUCCAGAAUAAGCUUUAACUAAUUUAUUUAAUAAUAACGAAACUUUUAAACAUAAAGUUGAGGUUGCGAAAAUAGUACUUGUUUAUGAUAUUAAAGAAAUUUAAAAUUUGGAAUAGCAAAUAUAAGUAAAAAUUAAAGAAAAACAAAAGAUUUUGAAUUAUAAUUUUGAUUUAAAAAAUCAAACAAUUUUAUUGAUAAAUAAUUAAAUCCAUGAACUCGAACAUUAAUUAUAAGAAAAAGAAUUAUAAAUUUAGAAACAACGUCAUAAAUUUAAAGGAAUAGCAUUUAUAAGUUUUAAAACAAAUAUAUAAAAAGAAUUAGUUUUAAAACACAAUAAAUUAGAUUAAAUUAAAAGAUUUCAAAAUUAUUUUUAAGGUGGAAGAUCUUAAUAGUAUUCAUCCUCUAUUUAUUUUUACGACCGUCAUUUAUACAUAGAAUAAGCCCCAGAACCAAAUGACAUAGAUUGGGAAUAUAUACAUUGUUCAACAAUCGAAAAAAUAAAAGCACGAAUAAUUUCAUUAAUGUACUUACUAAUGCUAACUACACUUACAUUUACAGUAAUAGCAAGUAUAUCUUACUAUUAAUCAUUAAUGAUUGAACAUGCAUACGAGGAAUCCCUAGAAAAUAACUAAAGUUUAGAUAAUAAUCCCUAAAUAGAUAAAGUAGUUGGAUUAUCAUAUUUUAUAUCUAUGAUUAUUGUUCUAUUUAAUAAAUUUAUAGUACCAGUUAUAGUCCAUCAUAUCAUAGAAUAUGAAAAAUGGUCAAAUAAAACAAAAUAAAAUGCUUCUUUUGCAACAAAACUUACAUUAGUUUUAUUUACAAACACUGCCCUCAUCACCUUUUCAGUAGAAAUUAUACUUUUUCAUAAUUAUUAUGGAAUCGGAGGAGGUAUGAUUUAUAGUGAAUUUUGGGUUUUCGUUCUUAAUGCUUUCGUACCACCACUUGCAUGGAUUAUAGACCCUUGGAGUAUUAUAAAAAAUUUUAAAAGAAAUUAAGAAUUGAAGAAAGAUAAUAAAUCUAUGCUAACUUAAAAAGAAGCUAAUAUGUAGUAUUUUUUUAUAUAUAUAUUUUAAAAUUUAUAAAGUUUAAUGGAAUUUCCUGAUUAUUCAAUGGGGAAAAGAUAUGCUGAUAUUAUGAAAACGAUGUGGUUUACAUUUUUUUAUAGUCCAGUUAUUCCUAUGGGAACUUUAUGGUCGAUUAUAGGGGUAACUCUUUAUUAUUAUACAGAUAAAUAUAACCUUAUUUACAGAAGGACUGUAAAAGAAAAUAUUGGGAAAUAAUUAACUAUUGAUAUGAUAGAAUUAUUAGAAUAUUGUUUAGUUUUUCAUACAGUAUUUUUUUUAAAAAAAAAAAUUAUUAUACAAUUUAUUCUUUAGUUCGGAAAUUUCUUUUUCAAAAAACAACUUUUUGAUGAUUUAGAUACUAAAAGUAUUAUUUUUUUCAGUGUAUCGAUUAUAAUAUGCUUUUUGCCUAAGGAAUUGAUCAAUGAAAAACUUUUUCCUAUAAAAGAAGUUGAAUAAGAGAACUAAUAUUUUGAUUAUAAUCUUUUGUUUGAUACAGAUUAUGAUAGAGAAAAUCCCGUUUUAAGAAAGUAAGCUUUAAAAGCAUAUUAUUCAGAUAGAAAUGCUUUAAAUAACAAAAUAUGA